CAGCAAUCCACAUUUUCGGCCGGGACAGUAGCACGGCCAGCAGCGAAAGUGAGAAAUAACUCCGCAAACUGGGAUAAUUGGGACCGCGAGGACUGAUGAGCGAAGAAAAACACAUAUGAAGGGCAGCAGGAUGAAUGUGGAGACUCUCAGUAAAGCUGAACUUCUGAUGCUGCUCAGCAUUCUGGAAGGAGAACUGGAAGCACAAGAUGUAGUCAUACACACACUCAGGGCACAACAGAGAGAUGCAUUUGUACAGGAGCGAUAUGGACAUUACAACCUCCGUGACCCCUUCGUAGCACUGCUGAGAGACAGCGAGCUGUCACAGGCUCAGGAUGAUGGACGGCAGAGUCCCGUGUGUCUGAACCCGCUGGGCGUGUUGAAGCUAGUGAUGGCCCACUGCACCAACAUGAAGGAGAAACUGAUGAAACAGCUCGCUGCUGCAGAGAGGAGACACAGACGGGUAAUAGCUGAUUUAGAGGAAGAGAAACGACGCCGUGCUCAAGACAAUGCUACAGGUGAUGACAUCACUGCCAUGCUGGAGAAGGAACGAGACAGGCUACUGCAACAGCUGGAGUUUGAGAGGGCUCAAGUCGAGCGUUUAGAACGUGAGCGGUCAGUCCUGUCAAAUCAAGCUGAGGAGGAUUUAGCGCAGCACCAGCAGUUAUCCUCCACACUGGCAAAAGAGUGUCAGAAGGCUACAGCACGGGCAGAGGAGGAAAGCCAGCGGGUUGCAGAGCUUAGCCGCCAACUGGAACAGGAAAUCAGUACCGUCAAAUCCCUAAAGGCGGAGCUAGAGAGCGAACAUGCUCAUGCUCAGCAGAUAGAGGCAAGAGCUGAGAGUAAGUUGGCCGAAUUGGAUACAGAGCGUGAGCAAAUGAGAGGGAAACUGCUGAAGGAAGAAAAACGAUAUCAAGAGCUUUUGGAGAAGUUCAAUAGUCUAAAGAAAGAGUUGGAUGAAAUAAAAGAAAGAGAAAAGGCAGGGCUGGAAAAGGACAGUGAAGAAAAAGUAAAAACUCCACAGAAAGCAACCACAGAUAUUCCGCCUCCUCUUAGUCAGACAGAAGUCGAUGGGAAAACCACUGCAUCUAAAUCAUCUCCGCAAUCCAAGCUAAAUGGUCACCACGCUCCCAGAGAACCAGAGUCUCCAGCAGACGAGAGGUGCAAGGAAGAAGGAUCAGUGGACAAUGGGGUAGUGCUCCCUGGAGGAAGUGGAGCCUUGCAGUGCCUCUCCCCAAGCAGUCCUGCCUCAUCCUCCCUUAGCUCAUCUCCUUGCUCUUCCCCAGUACUGACCAAGCGUCUGGCCUCUAUAGGCUGCUCUAGUCCGACCUAUCCGUCAUCGUACCAGGCCAGCAUCAACCAGCGAUUCCAAGCAGCUCGGCACAAGUUUCAGCAACAAGCUGAAGCAGACCAGCAUCAUGGAGCAUCCAUUGUCCACUCUCCUCGAGAUCUCUCUCCUACUGCGGCUGCUCCUACUACUCCAGACAAUUCCACUGCAAAGCAGAUUGCCCGCAACACUGUCACUCAGGUGCUGUCACGGUUCACGAGCCAACAAACGACAAGUAAACUCCCUCCGUCCAACAGCUCGCCCUUUGGCACUGAUUACCGCAACCUGGCCGCAGCCUCCUCGCCGACAGGGAAGAGCCCGGGGGUUCUUUCACCAGGGAUCCGCUCACCAAUAAUUCCUAGGGCGGAGAAGAUUCAUCCACCCCUUGUUCCUCCCAAAAAGCAGGGGGCCAAUCAGUCUCCUGGCUCACCGGUUCCUUCUGGCAGGGCUAGCCACUUCCCUGAGCUCUCUGGGAGCUGUGGUCUCACCAGUGGUCAGGAAGAUGCAAAAGAGCUUGACUUGGUCAUGUCAUCAUCUAGUUAACCAUUCAAGAGUCAACAGCCUGUCCUUAGUCUUCUCCACUCUAUUCCCUCCAGUGGCAUCUAAAGCACUCCUUUGAGAACCUCAAGAUUUCCUUCUUUUGUUAUUUUCACCCUUAUUGUCAUGGCAUAGUUGUCAGCUCUUUAAUGGGAUGAAAAUGAAAUGAAAUGGAAAAAAAUGAAAAUUCUGUUAUCUACUCACCCUCAUACCUUUAAGACCUUUUUGGAUCCUUUUGCUUUCCUGGACUUUCAGUGGAGGGACAGAACUAUCCUUUUAAGUACCUCGUUUUGGAUGUCUGCUUAUUUCAAGGGUGUCCAAUCUUGGUCCAGGAGGGCCGUGUGUCCUGCAGCGUUUAGCUCCAAUCCCAAUUAAACACACCUGAACCAGCUAAUCAAGGUCUUACUAGACAUACUAGAAACUUCCAGGCAAGUAUGUUGAAGCAAGUUGGAGUUAAACUCUGCAGGACACUGGCCCUUUCAGGACCAAAUUUGGACACCCCUGCCUUAUAUAAAACGAUUCAGGUUUUGGAACCUCUGCAAAUGAGCUAGUGUUUUAAAGAAACACAUCCAGAAUGUGCAGUAGUACGAUACUGACAACCACUGGUCUAAAAGGGUAACCAGCCCUACUCCUGGAUUAGCUUGUUCAGGUGUGUUUGAUUAGGGUUGGAGCUAAACUCUGCAGGGACCUCUCUAGGACAAGGGUCUCCAGUCCUGGAGAGCGGGUAUCCUGCAGAGUUUAGCUCCAACUUGCCUCAACACACAUGCCUGGUGGGUUUAAUUAAGGUUGGAGCUAAACUCUGCAGGACACCGACUCGCCAGGUCCGAGUUUGGAGACCCCUGCUCUAGAAGCAUGGAUCGUUACUUCUACUCUAGUGCAGUGGUUCUCAAUUCCAGUCUUCGCAACCCACUGCUCUGCACAUUUUGCAUCUCUCUAUUGUCUGACACACCCGUUUCAAGUCUUGGAGUCUCUACUAAUGAACUUAUGAUCUGAAUCAGGUGGGUUUGAUUAAGGAGACAUGGAAAAUAUGCAGUGUUGGGGCAGCUUCAGAAAUGUGGUUGGGAACCCCUGCUCUAGUAUACCUUGUGGUCCUCCAAGGUUGUCCAACCCUGAUUUUGGAAGGUCACUUUCCUGCAGAGUUUAGCGCUGAUCCUAAUUAAACACACCUGAACCAAAGUCUUCAGGAUUACUAGAACCGUCCAGGUGGGUGUGUCAGAGCUACACUCUGUUGGAAGAUGGCCUUCCAGCAGCAGGAUUGGACAUCCCUGCGUUAUCCAUGCUGGACUGAUCUCUCAAAUGAUGUCCUGAAUAAGUCCACACAGAGGUAAUGCCUUAACCUUCAGUAUCCCAAAGCAAACUUUAGUCUGACCCCAACCCAUACUAACUGUGUGAAAAGUUUGAAAGGAGCACCCACAAUCAACCUCUCGAAUUCUACUCCCAUUCAAAUACAACAACCUUCAAAAUCAGGGCUGGGCAACUUUGGUCCUGGUGAGCCACUGUCCUGCAGAGUUUAGCUCCAACCCUAAUCAAACACACCUGCCUGUAGCUUUCUAGUAAUCUUGAAAAUAUUGAUUAGCUUGUUCAGGUGUGUUUGAUUAAGGUUGGAGCUGAACUGUUCAGGACAAUGGCUCUCCAGGACCGAAGUCACCCAUCCCUGUCCAAAAUACUACUCCUACUAAGAUUGAAUCUAUUUAAAUACUACCUUUUUGAAUAUUUUGCUAUUCUGUUUUUAUUUCUUGCAAAAAAGAUUUUUAUUUAUGUUAAAAUGUUAUUCAUUAUUAGUCCAUUCCUGAUGACCUGCACAAACAAAAAUGGAAGUAUAUAACGUAAAAACUCAGUCUUAGGCUACUAAUGAGAAAAUUCUCAGUCUUUCUUGAUCUGUGUCUGGUGAAUGUGUGACAUUUAUAUUAAGUUUAUGGUAAGUAUAUAAACUAUUGGUUUUCUGACAAGCAGUAAUAUAAUAUGAUGUGCGGUUGCUGUUCAUUUCCUGAGUCUAUAUCAAAAUAAACUACUGGAGAUAUGAAUAGAUAUGAAAUGAUCAUGGAAAACCUCUGUAUCCUACUGUAAUGCACCAUGACUACAUCGUCCUCUAGUGUCAAUCUGAAGUGCCGCUCAGGACGCUUCCACCUGGUGGUUGGGCAUCAUUAAACAUCAGCCAAACCAGAAUAACUUUCUCUGUAAAUGAAGAUGAAAAAUGCUUGUUUAUAUGCCACACAAAUUCUUGUCAAUAUUUACGAUCAAGUCAAAAUGUUAUGUUCUGAGAAUGUAAUUCUGGGUCUAAUAACCAUGCCUGGAUGUAUUACUCUGUCACUGAUUUUUAUGUUUAUACAGGACAGUCUUAUAUUUAAAAUUUAAUCUUAAUUAAAUAUUAGGUAGUACUUACACCACCAGUUUACAUGAUUCACAACCAUGGUAAAAGCACAAACGAGUAACGUCAUUUAAUGAUUACUUUACCCUGGGACUUUCUUUUCUUACCUGUGUCCUUCUUAAAGUUUUUUAAUAUUUAAACUUUUAAGUAGUAUGAAAAUAGAUGAUUUUUAAAUCUUGCUGGCAUGAAGGUAUUGCUCACAUGAAUACAGCAUACAAUCUUAAAUUGCUUACGAGAGAACAAAGUAUGUUGGGUUUUAUGAGUAAAUGUGGUGCAUGUAUCUGUCCUGUCCUACAUAGGUUUCAGCUGCUACUGUCAUUUAAUGUUUCUGUUUUUAAAUACCUCACCAUUUCUCCUACUGUACUGAAACCUUUUUAAGUAGCAGUUUAGAUUUUUACUACUGGAAUGUUUUUUUGUGCAUCAAUAAACCUGAACAGACACUUGGAAUUUUUGU